CUCUUUCUGGAACCUUGAAUCUCGACGUCUCUCCACCAGUCAUUUCAAUGUCGAGAAUUUUCUCUAAUAUCACUCGCACCACCUUCAGCACCCUUCAUGUUGCUCACACUUCCUAAACCAGCCAAGGCGGAAUUCGAAUUCAAGACUCAUGAUUACUCUCCGACCAUCUCUUCGUACGCGGCCGCUCGAUUCUCCCCAAAGCUCAACGGCGGGCAACUGCCCUCACAGCCGGCCAGUGCCUCUUCCACCAUGGGCACGCCUCACCGAGGGCUUCCUCCGCCCUCGGCGAUGACGCUGCCGGACCCUGGCCGGGGACCUCCUCCAAUUCCCUCUUCAAUGGGCUCAUUACCACCAGCACCAUCGCAGUGGCAAGGUGCUGAAGAUGGUAUGAAGAACUGGCUGGCUGCGAAGGCUGAGGAAGAAAGGCGAAAGCAAGAGGAGGAGAAGACGAGGCAGGAAGGUUUGAGGCUCGAACAGCGCAAGAUCGAGCAGUCGAUGCUUCGCGAGUCGAUGCAGGGUGGAGUGCCCCCACACCUCGUCCCAAUGAUCUUUGCUGGCAUUGGGGGAGGGAGUCUCGCGAGCAUCAGCGCCGAAUGGAUUCGAGACUAUGCGGUCCAGCUACAGACCGCACAGCAGCAACAACAGGCGCAGGCGCAGGCGCAAGCGCAAGCGCAGUCUCAACUAUCUCCCGAGCUCCGCAGAGAGUCGAGGUUGAUCAGCCAGGCUCAGCCAGGAGCGUACGGAGCCCAACCACAAACCCCCCAAACGGUACAUCCGCCGACCUCAGUGCUUCCGGGACAGCCAUUACCGUCACAACCGUCCCAUGCGGCUUUCGCGACCAGUUCUUAUGCCAGCGGAAGCAUGUCCCCGAGAGCAAGAGCUGCGCAAUCAGGCCAUGUUGGUGCUCCUACAUCCGCUCCCCGCCCUCCCCCUCAAUCGCAGCUACCCAGGCUGACCACGAACGAAAUUCAAAUUCAGCAGCCUCCGACGGCGCCAUCGAAUGUACAGCAGCUUCAGCAGACGCAAUCGGCACAACAGGAGCAGUCUUCGCCAUCAAUCUACUUCCACCAUUGGGUUCCCCCUACGUCGCAGCAGGAGAAGUCAAGCGGAAACCCGCCGGCCACCCCUUCAGGUAAAUACAAAGCUUCGCCCUCGUUCUUGUCCCGUCAACGUGCCGCCUCUCAUGCGUCUGACCCAGACUACACCAGCUCCCCCAAGAAGCGGAAGGCCCAAGGCGGCCACCCAGCUCCGCCGCCCCCAACGUCGGCGCCUCAGUCAUACACCUCGCCAUCGUUCUCACACGUAUCGACAUCGUCCGCAUCAACGCCAGGUCGACGAGGGCACGCCCGAGCCCGUUCUGAUGCGUCUACACGAGGAGAGGGCCACGGCGCUUCUCUAGGCCGACGCGGUACCAUUUCUAGUCACCCGCACACAGAGGCAGGAGCCCAGCAGAGCGAGAGCGCGGAGCACCGUUUCCAGCACACAGCACGGGGAACUGGGAGCCAUCGUCAACAACAACAACAUGACCCCGCGUACGCGACAGCGCCCCAGCGAAAUGAGGGGCACGGAUCUGGACAGCACGCGCAGGCGGAAAGUUCCAUGGCAAUUCAAGCUGAAACUCGACAAACUGGGCCGGGUUCUGUGUCAUCUCCUAAUCGGGAGACUGGCGCUCAGUGAUUUCGGG